AUGCCCCUGAAUGGGACCAGCCGUUAUGCCCAUAUGCGAACCCCAGCAUGGCUCAAUCCAUCCCCUCAACCAUCAUCAGAUGCACAGAAAGAACGCCGCCGACCGAAUGAUGCACUGCUUAGCGAUCCUAAUUCCGAUAUCCUCAUCGACUUCAACUCGCAUCAAGGUCUCUACGAAGCGGCAAAGAAGAAGAAAACAAAAACACCUUCUGCUCCUCCUCCUCCACCACCGCCGCCGCCUGCGGAUCCACCAGCAGACGACGGUCAAAAGGAUGACAAUACCGGAGGAGAUGGAGGAGCCAGUGGAGGAGACGCUGCAGGCGGCGCCGGCGACGGAAAUGGUAAUGGCAACAGCAACUCGCCCCCAAAGCCUCCCACAACAUUCGAGAAUAUCAAUCUUGGAGAUAAGAAACUGGAUCUUGGUUUGAGCCCACCAGAAUCCAAGGGCAUUUCCAGUUCAUGGGGCGCGAAAUUGGGCUUUGGCGGAGGAGGAUGGGGCUGGGGCGGAGGAGGGAAAAGUGAAACAGCACCGGCACCGCCGCCGCCACCACAAGAAAGCAAGGCUGAAGAGAACCCCUGGGACAAACCUAAAGAUAAAAUAGGAGGAAUUGAAGAAGAUGACGAUGGUUGGGGCUUGGGUGCCAAGAAAGAGAAGAAGAAGGCUUCCACGCUCUGGGGCGCUGAACCCGACGAGGGACCAAAGGAUGGUGACGAUCCUUGGGGUUGGAGUGGUCAAAAAAAGAAGGGCAAAGCUGGUGGCAUCCUGGAAGAACUUGCCCUCGAUUCUGAUACUGCAUCUCCGAACGGAAAGAAGGAUAUUUGGGAUACCUGGGGAAUAUCCAAAAAAGACCGGGCCAAGAAGAAGGGAAUCAUGGAAGAAGUUGCUUUGGCAGCUGCACCUGAACCCCCUUCAAUGGAAGAUCAGUGGGGUGGCUGGUCUGGGAAAAAGGAACAUUCACAAAGUUCACUUUGGGGGGCUCAAGAUUCAAUACCUGCACCUGCACCCGACCCCCCAUCGUUUGAAGACAAGGAUGGUGACGACUUUUGGAGUACUUUUGGCACUGGGAAGGCAAAACCUUCACCAGAGGAGACGAGUGGAUGGGGAGCAUGGGGUAUAGGAAAGAAAGGUGAGGAUGAAACAAGUGAGUCAAAUUUCUUUAAAGCUCAUCAAAUCCCAGAGCCGCCUAAGAAAGAAGACGACGGUUGGGAUCUAUGGGGAACAGGUAAGAAAAAGAAGAAAGCUGGCGACUUGAUUCAAAUAGAGGAUAAUAUUCCUCCUCCCGCCCCCGAUCCCGUCGAGGCUGUUGGCAACGACGACCUCCUCGACUCUUGGGGUUUUGGCAAGAAGCCCAAGAAACCGGCCGCUGACCCGUUCGAUUUCAAAACUUCCGGCGCCGAUGAUCCUAACGAUGCUUUUUGGGGCUCAAUAGACAACAAGAAGCCUAAUGCACAUGAGUUUCUUAUCGAUGCUACUGGUGAGCCAUAUCAUGAUGUUGAGGAAGGGUUGAGAAGCAAGGCUCGAGAUGAUGUCAUAUGGAAAAAUCAACAGGAGUUGGAUUUCAUCCCCCUGGGCGGAGAAGUUGUAGAACGAGACCCAGAGCAAGCCGCCAGAGAAGCUGAAGAGCAAGCCGCUCGCGAAGCUGAGGAAGCCGAGGCAGCUCGUGAAGACGAAGAGAUUGCCAGUCUCUUGGACAAGAAAUCUAAAAGAGGAGGACGGCUCCUUAAGUCAGAUCGAGAACGUCUUGCUCUCCUCGAAGGGAAUGCCACCCGAAGAGCUGAAGCUCGAGCUACUCGCGAUGCUGAGAUGGCAGCGGCCGCUGAAGCUGCACAAGCCGCCGCUGACGCACAAGCGGCAGCUGACGCCGAAGCUGCCGCUUUACAGGCCGCGGAAGACGCUGAAGCCGCAAGGGAGAACGAGGAGCUUGCGACACUGUUGGCAAAGAAGCAGAAACGCAAUGGAAAGUUGUUGAAAAAGGAUCAAGAACGCCUUGCUCUGCUCGAAGGGAAUAUCUCAAGGAGGGCCGAAGCUCAAGCAGCCCGGGAAGCUGAAGCUAUUGCCGCUGCUCCAUUUUCCCCGGCGGCACCUAUUAACGAAUUUCUUGCUCAAGAGACAGACCAAGAUGGCCUUGCCACGGAAGCUGCUGCAGAAGCUGACACUGCACUUGCCACUGAAAUUGCGCAGGAAGAGGCGGAGAUGGAGAGCCUGCAGUCAAAGAAGGCGAAGAAAGGAAAACUUAUCAAAAAAGAGCAGGAACGGCUGAAUCUCUUGAUCAAUAAUGCAGCGAAACGAGUCGAGGAACAAGCAGCGAAAGAAGCAGAAGAACAGGCGGCAGCGGCAGCAGCCGAAGCCGAAGCCGCUGCCCAAGCUGCUGCAGACGCCGAAGCUGCAGUCCAAGCCGCCGCAGAUGCUGAAGCUGAAGUAGCUUCCAAGGAAGAGGAGGAAAUGGCAGUGCUGAAAGCCAAGAAAGCCAAGAAGGUCAAGCUAACAAAGAACGAAACGGCUCGACUAAUGACCUUGGUUGGCAACUCAGUAAAGCGAGCUCAGGAAAAAUCUAUCAAAGAGGCCGAGGAAGCAGCCGCGGCGCAGGCUGCUAAGGAAGCCGAGGAGACUGCAGCCCGCGAAGCAGAUGCGCUGGCAGCACGUGAGGCUGAAGCGACCGCUGCCCGUGAAGCGGAGGCUGCAAUUGCUGCUGAAGAAGAGAAGGAACUUGCAGAUCUCACCGCUAAGAAGAUCAAGCGUGGCGGUAACCUGAUUAAGAAGAAGGAUGUGGAGCGCUUUGAAGUCCUCACUCAAAGGGCUGCCGAACGAGCCGAAAGAGCAGCUAAGCAAGCUGAAACGAUUGUUGCUGUUGAAGCUCAAGGAGAGCUUGGAGAAGCCACCCACGGUAACACGGAGGUGGUGGCACAAGCUCAACCCGAACCAGAGCCUGAGCAACCGCUAGUAGACAUAGACGCAGCAUCUGCUGAUCCUGAUCCUGUUACAGCUCCCGACGCAGCUAUUAUAGCAGAGGAAGAAGCAGAGUUAGCCAGUCUAGACGCAAAGAAGACAAGGAAAGGCAAGCUUGGCAAAAAGGAUACAGAGCGGUACAACAUCCUCACAGAAAAAGCUGCGCAACGACUAGCUGCAAAAGAAGCAGAAGAAGCGGUUGUCACAGCCGCGGCUGAGACCGAGGCUGCAAAAGAAGCCGAGGAAGCUGUAGCAGCAGCAGCAGAAGAAGAAGCUACAGUCGCAGCAGAAGCGGAAGGUAUAACAGCAAGCGAAGCUGAAGCUAUCCUGAUUGCUGAUGAAGAGGCGGAGCUUGCCACUCUUGCCGCCAAGAAAGCUAAAAGAGGGAAGCUUGCCAAGAAGGAUGCCGACCGUUUUAACAUUCUCACAGAAAAUGCUGCACAGCGACAAGCCACAAAGGAAGCAGAAGAAGUAGCUGCCGCCGCAGCAGCAGCUGAGGCUGAGGAGCAGGCUGCACAGGAAGCAGAAGUCGCAGCAGCAGCAGAAUCUGCCGCUGCUAUAGAAGUAGCUGAAGCAGAGGCAGCAGCAGCUCGCGAAGCAGAGGAUGCAGCUGUUGCUGAGGAACAAGCCGAGCUGGCUGCAUUAACUACUAAAAAAGCUAAGAAGGGUAAGCUUACAAAGAAAGAUGCUGAUCGAUUUGCUGCUUUAUCGGAAAAUGCAGAAAGGCGAGCUCAAGAAAUAGUCCUGACUACCCAGCAACCUGAAGAUCCUGCAUUGGACCCUGAGACAGGAGUUAACGAACCUUCUCUUGAACCAGCCACAGAUGAGGUUUCUGCUGAGGCUAAUGACCCAGAUGCUAUUGCAGCUGCUGAAGCAGAAGCCGCUGCUAUUGCCGAUGAAGAAUCCGAACUUGCUGCUUUGAUUGCCAAGAAAGAGCGAAAGGGCAAGCUUGGGAAGAAAGAUACCGACCGCUAUAACCUCCUUACUGCCAAUAGCACGGCACGGGCAGAGAAAGCGGCUCAAGAAGAGGCAGCUGCCCAAGCAGCUGCUGAGGCUGAAGCAGCCGCACAAGCUGAAGCCGAGCAGGCAGCCGCAGCUGAGGCUGCUGCUGUUGAAGAGGCUGCUUCCAGAGAGGCUGCAGAGGCUGAAGCUCUCCUUAUUGCCGAAGAGGAGGAUGAAUUAGCUGCCCUAACUGCAAAGAAGAAUAGGAAGGGCAAACUUGGGAAAAAGGAUGGUGACCGAUUUGCUAUCCUGACCGAGAAUGCAACUCAACGAGCCGAGAAGGCUGCUGCGUCAGAAGUAAUGAAGGAGCCUGUUCUUGAAGUUGAAGAUCUCGCUCCUGAAAUUCCUGCCGAUGCUGAAGCAGCCGAGGCGGCCGCUAUUCAGGCAGAAGCAGCUGCCAUUGCUGCUACUAUUGCUGCCGAAGAGGAAGAAGAGCUAGCUGCCUUAAUUGCUAAGAGAGACAGGAAGGGCAAACUAGGCAAAAAGGACAGCGAUCGAUUUGCUUUCCUCACUGAGAACGCCACCCAAAGAGCCAGAAAUGCAGCACACGAAGAAGCCGCUGAGGAAGACCAAGAAGCCACUAUUGCCGAGUCUGUAGAUAUCAAUGAACCCCCAGCUGAUAUCGAGGAUUUACUCUUCGAAAAUGCCCCGGAGCUACCAGUUGUUGAAAAAGAGUCAUCCUCUGAAGAAGAUGAUGCUGCUGCUGCAGAGGCCAUGGCCUUAGUUGCUGCCGAGGAACAAGAAAUUGCAGAACUAGAGGCGAAGAAGGCAAGGAAAGGCAAGCUAGGCAAGAGGGAUAUGGAACGAUACACCCUCCUUAACGAAAACGCUACCAAGAGAGCUGAAGAGCAAGCAACUAAGGAGGCCGAGCUCACUGCUGCUGCUGAGCGUGCCGCUAUUGAGUCUGCUGAAGCUGAGGCUGCCGCUGCUGCUGAGGAAGAAGCGGCGGCGAGAGAGGCUGCUGAAAUUGAGGCUGCGGCAGUGAUCACCCAAGAAGAAGAAGAGCUUGCUGCCCUAGAAGCAAAAAAGCAGAGAAAAGGAAAGUUGGGACGCAAAGAUACCGAUCGAUUUGACUAUCUUCUGGGAAACAAGGCUGCAAGGGAAGCACAGGUUGCUGAAGAACGAGCUGCCAAGGAAGCCGAAGAGCAAGCACUUCAAGAAGCUGCAGCUGCUGAAGCUGCCGCCACUGCUGAGGCUGAGGAGAUAGCGGCAAGAGAGGCUGCUGAAGCCGAAGCUGCGGCUGUUGCUGAGGCUGAGGACGAAGAAUUGGCCAUCUUAGCAGCCAAGAAGGCCAAGAAGGGUAAACUAGGACGCAAGGAUACAGAGCGUUUUGAGCAGUUGUCUUCGAAUGCCGUGAAACGAGCCGAGCAACAAGCGGCCCGUGAGGUUGAGGCUGCCGCUGAGGAAGCCCCGGCUGUGGAAGAGCUACUUGACGAAGAAGAGCUUGACGAACCAACCCCGGAGCCUGAAGAGACUGUUGAAGAUGCCCCUGAUGCCCCUGAUGCUCCUGAUGCCCCUGAUGCCCCGGAUGCCCCGGUUCCUGAUAUUGAUGACGAAGCCGCUGCCGAGGCGGCUGCCAUAGCCGCAGAAGAAGAAGCAGAGCUUGCUUCUCUUGAAGCUAAGAAGGCACGGAAAGGAAGGCUCGGAAACAAGGAUACCCAGAGGCUCAUAUUUUUAACCGAAAAUGUUUCAAGGCGCGCUGAAGAGCAGGCAGCAAAGGACGCCGCCGCUCAAGCUCUGGCCCAUACUACCCCAGAAAAUGCUGCUGGAGAAGAAGAAGAGAUUCCCGGCCAGGACGAUGUUGAAGCUGCCGCUAUCGAAGCCGAAGCCGCCGCUAUAGCUGCUACUAUUGCUGCUGAAGAAGAGGAGGAACUCGCUGCCCUUACUCUUAAAAAGACGCGAAAGGGCAAACUUGGCAGAAAGGAUACAGAGCGCUUUGAUUUAUUGAUGCAAAACGCAACUAUACGCGCGGAAGAACGCGCUAUCAAGGAAACCGAACCUGACGGCCAGGCUGAGGAAUUGUUACCUGAGGAGGUUGAUGAUAUUCUUCAGCCGGAGCCCGAGGAGAACCAUGAUGCAGAAGAGGUAGCUGCCCAGGAGGCAGCCAACGCUGAAGCUGCAGCUCUUGCUGCAGAGGAAGAGGCAGAACUUGCAGCAUUGAACAAGAAGAAAGCGAAGAAAGGUAAACUGGGUCGUUCUGAUACUGAGCGAUUUAAUAUCCUUGUCGAAAAUGCUGCAAAGCGUGCCGAAGCUGAGGCAGCCAAGGAAGCAGGAGAGGAUUUAGGAGACGUCCCCCGAGCUGAGGAGGAGGAGGAGGAGGAGGAGGAGGAGGAGGAGGAGGAGGAGGAGGAGGAGGAGGAUGAAUUUGUCGAUGCUGAAGACGGCAAGGAAGACGAGUUGGGUGAGGAGCUUGAACCUGAAGCCGAGGAACUUGCUGAGCCUGAUCAUCAGGAAGAUGAAAUGGUCAUAGCCGAAGCUAAGUUAGCUGAGGCGGCGGUACAAGCUGCCUUCAUCGCAGAAGAAGAGGCUGAGUUGGCUGCAUUGACGAAGAAGAGGCUUAAGAAAGGAAAACUGGGCCGCAAAGAUACUGAAAGAUUCCAAGCGCUGACAGAGAAUUCUGCUAAACGUGCUGAGGAGGCGGCAAUCCGAGAUGCAAAAGACGCAGUGGCAGAGGCUGAAGCAGGGCUCGGUGAACCCGAACCCGAACCCGAACCAGAAUCUGAAGCUGCUGAACCUGAGCCUGAAGAUAAUGGCCUGGAGGAGGCCGAGCGAGCGGUAAUCGUUGAGGAAGAGGCAGAACUGGCAACUUUAAUGAAAAAGAAGGCAAAAAAGGGAAAGCUUGGUCGGAAGGACACCGAGAGAUUUAUCGUCUUGUCAGAACAUGCUACCCGCCGUGAAAAGGAGCGAGCUGCUGUUGAGGCUGAGACUGAAGUUGUUCAGGAGGAAUCCGAUAUCGAAGGUUUGGGAGAGACUGGAAGAGUGGAGGAGGAGCUAGAGCUAGAGCUGGAGCCUUUAGAGACACAAGACGAAGAAGGUGCAGCUCGAAAAGCUGAAGAGGCAGCUAUUGCGAGGGAAGAGGAAGCCGAGCUCGAGGCCCUUAAAGCCAAGAAAGCAAGAAAAGGCAGGUUAGGCAGGAAGGAUAUUGAACGCUUUGCCGUAUUGGAGGAGAAUGUAGCAAGGCGCGCAGAAGAACGUGCUGCCGCUGAGGCUGCUAUAACUCAUCCGCCUGAGGAAGACGAUGAAGGUGAGGAAGAAGAGGAAGGUGAAGGUGAAGGUGAAGGUGAAGGUGAAGGUGAAGAGCAAGAGGAAGAGGAAGAGCCUGAAGCAGAGGAGACAGCAGCUCGGGAAGCAGAGGAGACAGCAGCUCGGGAAGCAGAGGAAGCAGCAGCUCGGGAAGCAGAGGAAGCAGCAGCUCGGGAAGCAGAGGAGGCAGCUAUCGCUGAGGAAGAGGAGGAACUUGAGGCCCUGCAAGCGAAGAAGUCAAGAAAGGGCAGACUGGGCCGAAAGGACACCGAGCGGCUUCGGGUCUUGGAGGAUAAUGCAGCGAAACGCGCCGAAGAACGCGCCGCUAAGGAAACAGCAGCUGUGGAAGAAGACCUCGGAGCUGAUGAUGCUGAAGAGGAUGAGCAGGAAGAGGAAGAAGAAAAAGCAGACGAGGACGAGGAAGAGGACGAGGACGAAGAAGAGGACGAGGUUAUCGAUAAUGGCGAAAUGAGCAAGGGGGGAGACGAUACCGAUGCUGAGGAGGCAGCAGCUAAGGAGGCAGCAGCUAAGGAGGCAGCAGCUAAAGAGGCGGCAGAAGCCGCAGCUCGUGAGGUGGUCGCGAAAGAACUUGAGGAGCUUGACUUCCUCCAGUUCAAGAAAGCCAGAAAAGGUAGGCUCGGCAGAAAGGACACCGAACGACUAAGAGUUCUAGAGGAGAACGCUACCCAGCGUGCUGCAGAGUUAGCCGCGAAAGAAGAGGCUCCCGCGGCAGCAGAAGGUGAGGAAGCGGAUGUAGUUGAAUCCGGCAACCCUCCUGAAGAUGAGAAGUCGGACAUUGAAGCCGAGGACAACGAUGAGGAUCAGGAAGCAGACGCUGAAGUCACUGCGAAUAAAGAAUCGAGUGACGUCGAAAACGAAGCUAUUCUCGAUGACCACGAAGAGAAGGAACCAGAGAUACUCCCAAAGGACCACGCCCCGGAAGCCUCUGCAGAUGACGAGAUUGUCGAGGUUAUCGACUUAUCGCCAAAGAAAGAAAGGAAAAGUAGGAAGAGCAAAUCCCGUCGCGAUGCUCCUCCGCCUCCUCCAGUUCCAGAUCCUCCAUUGACGCCACCACCUGAGCCGAAGCAGUCUCGAAGACCCAAAAUUCAUCGCGAAGGAACUUCAUUUGGUCGGUGGGCCGCGACACCGCAUGAAGAGAGGGAUGAGCCCCAAGAAAAGUCAACUAGACAUAGACGACGAGAGGAAAAGACGUCCUCUAAGGGUUCCUCAUCUGACAAAGUUGAGAAGACUCCAUCACGAUCUCGUGGCACUGCUUUGUUCAGUAAACCACCACUCACUCGUUCCGCUACCACGCGUGAGAAAAAAGACGGCAUCAGCAGCAAACGUCGCCACUCUACUAAUGCUCGCGGACUUGUAUCGCCUCCUCCUGAAGAUGUUCUCAUGGGCGAGGAUGAAUUAAGCAAUCGCCGCAAGUCGCGUAAACCUCGAUCACGCGAAGGUGAAGAUGCAAUGAUGUCUGGCGCUGCUCCUGUGCCUGAUAGGUAUGAACGACGUCGUUCAGAUAAACCACGGUCGCAUGAGGACGAUGAUUUGGUUAUGGUAGAUCCCGAACUCGCGCCCGAUAGACGCGAGCGCCGCCGGUCUCACAAACCACGAUCACGCGAAGAGGAAGAAGUUGCCGUGGUGGAUACCGAACGACGUCGGCGAGCCAAGAGAUCGAGGGAUGAAGAGCCCGUGAUGGUGGAGCCUGACGUUCCUUUUGACGCACCUCCGCGAAGUUCCAAGAAGUCCUCAGGUUUCGCUGGCCUCUUCAGUGGUUUGCGAACGCCGAAGACUGAACGACCUGACCCCCUGCGACGUCGCAGUACCUAUGCAACAACUGACGACGAGGCCUUGCGCAGCGCUAAAAUGGAUGGUGAUGCAGUAUUAGUAGAUGCUGACCGCGAAGCAAGACGAGCUGCACGCAGGGCCAAGAGGGCUGCUGAAAGCGGUCCUGACCCCGAGGAAGCAGCGCGUCGAGCUCGAGAUGAGGCACGCCGUGAACGACGUCGACAGCGCGAGGAAGAGGCCGAUCCUCUAAAGCAAGACAAAGAGGCCCGCCGUGCUGAACGCAGACGACAACGUGAUGAAGAUGCAAGACGUGCCCAGGAGGAGCGACAUGCACAAGAAGAACAACAACGACUGCAAGAGGAAAAGGAGGCACAAAGAGCUGAACGUAGGCGCUUGCGUAGAGAACAGGAAGCUGCCGCAGCCGCAGAACAAGCCGAAGAUGAAGAGGCUCGUCGAGCUGCCAAACGUGAACGACGCCGCCGCGACACAAAGCGAGCUGCUCGAGGUGCUGAAGAGGAGGAAGGUCGUCAGCGACGAAGUCAGCAAUCUGCAGACGAAUAUAAUCAGCGGAGGUCCCAUCGUCGCGAAGAGAGAUCGCAGGCUCCAGCUUGGCCUCAUUCUGGAACUUCAUCAUGGGUCAAGGAACACUCUGAUGCGCCCCCUCCUCCUGACCUCGGUGACGGGGGUGAGGCAAAUGGUGGACAGACCGAGGAUGAGAUGGCAAGACGUGAAGCUCGUCGAGCUCAUCGAUCGAAAUACGAGGAAGAGCCCACAGAAAGGGCCGAAGAUCGGCGAAGGCGACGAGCAAGGCGAGACGAUCGUGAGCGCGGCGGUCGAGAUAGAGAACGUCACCGAGAUAGGCGCUCGGAAGGUAGUGACGAACGACAUCACAGCCGUCGAGCGCCAACCUUUAUGGAGGCAACAACAACACCUCGCACAAGUUGGUGGAAGAAGAUCGCUGGAUGA